AUGACGACUCUUUUCAACAGCAAUAACGAUAAUGUUAAGGAACAUAACAUUAUUAAUACAUUCACUUUUGUUGGGUUGUUUGGUAUCUAUCAAACAGUUCAUGUAUCUAGAAAUUUGGUCUUGCUAGCAUUUUCGUCAUUUGAAGAUCGUACUAUCCAGAAUGUAGAUGCACAUGUUGAACAACGUAGCACCAACAGAAAAAUAGCCAGUGAUUCGAACCUUCCACUUGUAGGAUAUGCAUCACAUCAUCUAAAUUUGGCGGUUAAUGACCUUAUUAAUUUCUCAUCUACUCUUGUGAACCAAAUUCAUACAAUCGUAUAUAUGAUGCGAACUUAUAAAAACUGUGGAAAACUCGCAAAGGUAAUAUCUUUAAAACUUAUAUUAGACAAUGCAACUCGUUGGAUGAGUGUCAUGAAAAUGAUUAAACGAUGUAAAGUACUUAUUCACCAUGUUACUCAGACCAAUGGAUUUUCAGCAACAAAUGAAUCUAUAAAUUUAGACGAUGUUCGUGCUUAUUUUAAUUUGUUGAUAGAAGAAUGUCCAGGCUUAGAGAGCCAAUUAGGAAAGAAGGCACCAAUAAUUCAUGAUCCCAUUUUCGAAAAGGCUGUGAUCAAAGUCUUGCGCAAACAAGAAACUGUGCUAACAACAGACGAGUUGCAAAGAAGCGCAAACUAG